AUGUUGUCUUAUCAAAUGUUAUGCAUGAUGGACGCUCGAUUAAGGCAAAUUAAGAACUGUGAAAAUGAGUUUUUUGGAGGAGUAAACGUAUUACUUUUCGGUGAUCUUUUACAACUGCCUCCUAUAAAACCAUCAGGAACACCUGUUUUCAAACAGCCAGAACAUCUCCAACCAGCUACACAUCUCUGGCGUUUAUUCACGCUGUGUGAACUAACUGAAAAUAUGCGUCAGCAAGGUGACCAGACUUUUAUUGAUAUUUUGAAUGCUUUGAGAGUCGGUGAGCUAACAACCCAACAUUUUAGUAUUUUAAUGGGAAGACUUCUACAAGACACGAGUGAUGAGUUUGCAAUAGACAAAGCGUUAAGGGUAUACCCCACAAAUCAACAAGUUAACGACCACAACUCUGCUGUAUUAAAUUUGUACAGAAAUAAUGGUGCUCGCAUUUACAAAAUAAAAGCGCAGGAUCAGCUAGUACACGCCACACGAAAUGCAGACAAUGUGGAUAUAGCUACUAUAAUACCAGCUGAUAUCAACAAAACUGGGGGUUUACCAGCGGAACUGCAAAUAUUUGUGGGGGCAAAAGUCAUGCUACGGUCCAAUAUUGACGUUUCAAAGGGAUUAGUAAAUGGCGCUAUAGGCUACAUCAACGAAAUCGUUUGGCCUCAAUUUCGUCGAACUCAGAUGUAUGCAACAGAUGUACCUUCCGUCCGAAUUGAUUUCGCAAGAGACGGAGUACAUCUUAUACACCGAAAGCCAUACAGUUUCCAGCUAAGUACAAUUACGGGACGGCUGAAAGAAGAAUGUUGA